AUGGAACAAUCAGUCGCUGAAGAACAGACACCAGCUGUCUCGUUCAAGAAACGGUCCGCCAAAGCAAAGUCCAGCCUGCGCAAAAAGGCUGCCACUCCUCCGCCAGCAUCCGACUCAGAAGACUUCACAUCCAGCGAUGAUGAGCAGGGUCACAGGAUAAAGCGCAGGCGGAAGAAUGCGGGUGUCAGCGCCUCAUCCAAGACAGCAGCAGCUUCUGCGGGCCGGGAGCUGGACAGCGAAAAGCCAGAAACCACUGAGCGACCAACUCUCCCUACCACCAACGAUGCUACCAAGCAGUCCAACUGGUACGACGAGGAACUAGACGAGAAGAAUCUGCUAGGAAACACACGGCCACGACCAGGAGACGCAGGUCAGGCCGCGGCAGACGGCAAAUACAGGGGAACGUCAAACUAUCAGAGCUUCAUCCAGAAGAACCCCAAUGCACCCACGAAGCAGGUUGGGCCCAUGAAAGCUGCCACCAACAUACGCACCAUCACGGUCACCGACUAUGCUCCAGACGUUUGUAAGGACUAUAAACGGACAGGAUUCUGUGGCUUUGGUGAUUCGUGCAAGUACCUCCACGCUCGUGAGGAUUACAAGGCAGGAUGGGAACUAGACCGAGACUGGGACGUGCAAACAGAGGGCAAAAAGCUAGAAGGUCAGACUGUGGCCUCUCGCAGAGGUGGAGAGGACGAGGCUGGUGACGAUGAAGAUGAUGAGGAAGAGGAGGGAAUUCCACCCGAAUGCGCUAUAUGCCACAAGCCGUACACGAGCCCGAUAGUCACGAAAUGUGGGCAUCAUUUCUGCGAGCUAUGCGCGCUAAAGAGAUACCGGAAGAAUCCGGACUGCGCCAUAUGUGGCUCCCCGACCGGAGGGCUAUUCCGCGCCGCAAAGAAGCCGGGCAUACGUGGCCAAAAGGUGGAAAGCUGA